AUGCAGCAGAGCUGCAGUCUGCUGGGCCAGCCAGCACGGCCUCUCUUGUCAUCCGAGGGAGAUAUCAAUAUCGGGGCAGUUUUUUCUAUACAUAGAAAGCCACUGAUGAAGUCUCAUACUUUCACAUCAGAGCCAGAUCCUACAUCUUGUAUAAGACUGAAUCUACGUGAGUUUCAGUUUGCUCAGACACUUAUUUUUGCGAUAGAGGAAAUAAACAACAACACAAACCUCCUACAUGGCACAACUCUGGGAUAUAAAAUCUACGACUCCUGUGGCUCUAUUUCCCUGGCAAUCCGUUCAGCUAUGGCUUUGAUGAAUGGCUAUGGAGAGACACUGAGUGAAGAAUCAUGCCAGCGACCACCAGCUGUUCAAGCCAUUGUUGGGGAGUCUAGCUCUUCUCCCACUAUUGGCAUGUCAUCUGCAGUGGGACCUUUCAGUAUUCCUGUGGUCAGUCACUUUGCCACGUGUGCCUGUCUCAGCAACACAAAGAGGUUCCCAACCUUUUUCAGAACUAUUCCCAGUGACUACUAUCAAAGCAGAGCACUGGCACAACUGGUCAAGCUAUUUGGCUGGACUUGGGUCGGAGCUGUCAGAAGUAGGGGUGAUUACGGGAAUAAUGGAAUUGCCACGUUUGUGGAGGUUGCAAAAGAACUCGGUAUUUGUGUAGAAUAUUCUGAAGCCUAUUUCAGAACGGAUCCAAAAGAGGAAUUACUGAGGAUCAUCGAGGUGAUGAAAACAGCCACUGCCAAAGUGGUGGUGGCAUUUCUAGCACUUGGGGACAUAAUUCCGCUUUUGAAUGAGCUGGCACAACAUAACGUGUCAGGGUUGCAAUGGGUAGGCAGUGAAUCAUGGAUCACUUCCAAGGGCCUAUCAGAAACAAAAGCCUACAGAUUCUUAACAGGUGCUGUAGGGUUUGCAAUUGGAAAUGUAAAGCUGGAAGGCCUGAAGGAGUUUCUCAUCAAUGUGCAUCCCUCAAAAUCACCACAAAACAUGUUACUCAGAGAGUUUUGGGAGACAGCAUUUCAGUGCUCAUUUGAAAACCACCCCUUUGGAGGCUUGCAGUGUACAGGGUCAGAGAGCUUACAGACUCUGCAGAAUCAGUACACUGAUGUAUCUGAGCUGCGCAUCUCCAAUAAAGUCUACACAGCUGCAUAUGCCAUUGCACACUCUCUACAUAAUCUUCUCAUGGAUGCAGCAGCCUCCAAUGAAACCCAUAGAAGUGUUUUAGUUCCUGAAAAGGUGCUUGGUUAUCUAAAGAAGGUUAAUUACACCUCUAAAACUGGGGAGCAGAUUUUCUUUGACUCCAAGGGAGACCCUGCAGCCAGGUAUGAGCUGGUCAACUGGCAGCCAGAAGCUGACGGAACUUUGCAUUUCAAAUCUGUGGGAAUCUAUGACACAUCAAUGCCCCAAGAGCAGCGUUUUAUCCUGGACCAAGAGGGCAUGAUAUGGGCUGGUGGUCAAUCAAAGGUGCCUGUGUCUGUGUGCAGUGAGAGCUGUCCUCCAGGCACCAGGAAGGCUGCACAGAAAGGCAGGCCUGUCUGCUGCUAUGACUGUAUACCAUGUGGAGAGGGAGAGAUCAGCAAUGAAACAGAUUCUAAUGACUGCAUACCUUGUGAUGGGGAGUACUGGUCAAAUGAGAAUAGGGAUCAGUGUGUGUUAAAAUAUAUUGAAUUCCUUUCUUACUCUGAAAUCAUGGGAAUUGUUCUUGUAUUUUUUUCCUUGUUUGGAACAUUAAUUACUAUUUCGGUGGCAGUUGUGUUCUACAUACACAGAGACACACCCAUAGUAAAAGCCAACAACUCUGAGCUGAGUUUCCUGCUGCUCUUCUCACUGACUCUGUGCUUCCUUUGUUCUCUUACUUUCAUUGGUCGGCCAUCUGAGUGGUCCUGUAUGUUGCGUCACACAGCGUUUGGGAUCACCUUCGUUCUCUGCAUCUCCUGUGUUCUGGGGAAAACAAUAGUGGUGUUAAUGGCCUUCAGAGCCACUCUUCCAAGCAGUAAUGUCAUGAAGUGGUUUGGGCCUCUGCAACAGAGACUCAGUGUUCUUGGCUUCACUCUCAUACAAGUACUUAUAUGUGUCCUUUGGUUAACUAUAUCUCCUCCAUUCCCUCACAAGAAUAUGAACCUUUUCAAAGACAAAAUCAUUCUUGAGUGUGAUGUGGGUUCAGCUAUAGGAUUCUGGGCCAUAUUAGGUUACAUAGGACUCCUUGCUCUCUUGUGUUUCAUACUGGCUUUUCUGGCUCGUAAGCUACCUGAUAACUUUAAUGAGGCGAAAUUCAUCACAUUCAGCAUGCUGAUAUUCUGUGCAGUCUGGAUUACUUUUAUUCCUGCUUAUGUCAGCUCUCCUGGAAAAUUUACUGUGGCUGUUGAGAUAUUUGCCAUUUUGGCAUCGAGUUUUGGAUUACUACUUUGCAUUUUCACUCCAAAAUGUUACAUAAUUGUAGUAAAGCCCGAGCAAAACACAAAGAAACACUUAAUGGGGAAGACAGCACCGAGGUCUCAGUAG